AUGGAUUACUACUCUUCAGCGCCUUUGGCCAUGGAUGCCAGCCACGAACAGAAGUACUUCAAGGCAGAGGACACCAAUGGUCUUGAUGACAACCUCAUUGAUCAGAGCGGCAUGGACUCGGGCUUGGAACUCUCUCCUCCCAUGGACGGCAGGCGAGAGUCGUUCGGCAUCGGAGGGCCUCUCUUCUCCCCCAAGACGGAGGACUGGCAAUCUGUCGACAUGCAGUCGCUGCCUUCCAACAACCCCUUCUUCGAGCCGCACAGCACAAACCCCUACAUGCGCUUUGAGCAGAACUCUGCCAACCCCUUCAUCUCCUCGGGCAACCCUUGGCCUAUGAACGGAGGCUCCGGAACGGCCACGCCUUUCCAGCGCUUCGGCGGCAUGGCGACGGACUUUGACGCCAACGCCUCCAUCUUCCAGCAGACCAUCCACGCGCCCACUCCUUUCCCUCCCUCGGCCAACAUGUUCGCUUCUUUGGCAGACGGCCAGGUCAUGCAAGACGGCCAGUCUGCCUCCAAGAAGAUGCGACCUAGCAGCCCCUCCAUCCGAUCGCACAAUGAUCUGCGCCGUGGCGAUGGCAUCCGGAAGAAGAAUGCUCGCUUCGAGAUUCCCGCCGAGCGCAACUUGAGCAACAUCGACCAGUUGAUUUCUCAGUCGACGGAUGAGCAGGAGAUCAAGGAGCUCAAGCAACAGAAGCGACUGCUGCGAAACCGCCAGGCUGCCCUCGACUCUCGACAGCGCAAGAAGCAGCACACUGAGCGCUUGGAAGACGAGAAGAAGCAGUUCACCGUUGUCAUCACUGACAUGGAGGAGGAGUUGGCCAGCCUCAAGGCCAAGGUUGAGCAGCUCAUGCUCGAGAAGCAGCAGUGCGUCGAUUACAUCGAGACCCUCACCCUCGAGAAGGACGAGAUGAUCCGCACCCACACUAUCGAGACCGGUGAGCUGAGGAAGAAGGUGGGCGUCCUGACCGACCAUGUCCAGCGCCUGGAGAGCAGCUUGCCCCCCAACGCCAACGGCUACUCCGGCGCGUACGACGACAUGGACGAGUCCAUGGAUCUGGCCGGCGCCUGGGACAAUGGCUUCCUCAACGACUUCACCGACGAGGUCAAGCCGCCCAUGGCCAUGGCCCCCAAGAAGGACAACAACCCCUUCACCUCGGAAUCCGACAAGAGCUCCUCCCAGGGCGGUCUGCUCUUCAUGCUCUUCCUCGUGGGCGCCUUUGUCCUGUCGAGCCGCUCGAUGCCCUCCAUCCCUCGCGUGUCCGAGGAUGUUCGCGUUGCGUCGGCGACUCUUCUCGACAACGUCCUCAAGGACGCCGGCGUCAGCCCCUCGCCCAGCAUGCACGCCAUUGCCCCCCAGCCUUCCGGCGCUUCUUGGGGCCAGCCCAUCAGCCCUAGCGCCAUGGCCGGCAUGGCUGCCGACGGCGUUGUUGCGCCGUCCAUGCUUGUGGAGCUCGGCGACAGCCUGAUGCAGCCCUCGCAGCAGCAGACCAACGAGCAGAUCUUCUCCCUCUCUGCCGCCCAGUACAACGGAGUCAGCGACCACGACUUCCUCCAGAACACCGCUGGCCGAAUCCCCAGCAAGGCUCGCAAGAACUUGGCUCAGUCUCUUGCUGAGCUGCGGGAGGUCGCCAAGCAGUCAGGUGCCGCGGAGGUCUACACUCGCACUCUCCUCUGGGACCAGAUCCCCCACGAUGUUGUCCGCAACUUUGCCAGGAUGGUGGUUGAGUGCAACAGUGCCCAGAAUGCGCAGCAAUGCAACGAAGCGAGGUCAUGAAUGGCUUUUCAGUGACCCGCCGCGAAAGACAGGAUAAAA